AGACGUAACAGUGCUACUGAAGACUACCGAAAAUGAGCAACUGUUCCGUGAUAGUAAGAGACGUGUUUAAGAGUUACGGAAAUAAAGAAGUAUUGAAGAAUUUUUGCAUGACCGUGGAAAAAGGAGAAAUAUAUGGACUACUGGGAGCUAGCGGUUGUGGUAAAACCACGUUGUUAAAUACAUUAGUAGGACGAAAAAAGGUCGACAGUGGUGAAAUAUGGGUUUUUAAUAAUAAAGUAGGACACAAAGAUAACUAUGUACCGGGAAAGAAAAUUGGAUAUAUGCCACAAGAUGUAGCAUUAGUGGGAGAAUUUACAGUAAGGGAUGCAAUUUUCUAUUUUGGCCGAAUCUUUGGCAUGAAGGAAAGCCGUAUAGAAGAACGACUUAGGGAAUUGUCAGAGUUUCUUAAUUUACCACCGGACAAUAGGUUCAUAAAGAACUGUAGUGGCGGGCAGCAGAGAAGAGUAUCAUUAGCGGUGGCCUUAGUUCACAAAGCAAAGUUGCUAAUUUUGGAUGAACCAACAGUGGGUAUUGACCCGCUUCUAAGAGAAAAGAUUUGGUCUUAUUUGGUAAAAAUUACGAAAGAAGAUAAAAUAUCCGUCAUAAUCACUACUCACUACAUAGAGGAAUGUCGACAAGCUAAUAAGAUUGGACUAAUGAGAGAGGGAAGAUUACUAGCUGAGGAAUCUCCCACAACUCUUUUAAGACAAUUUAAUACGGAUAAUUUGGAAGAAGUAUUUUUAACGUUAUCUCAAAAGCAAGCAGAAGGACAAUUGUCUUCACUUAACUUGAAGAUUGGUGAUGUGAUUCACAAGAACGACUCAAUGGUCUCAAUAUCUUCUUCUUCUCAGAGUAUCCCAGACGGGCAUGCAUCUACUGAUGAACUAAUGAAGGAGCAUAAAUCUAGAAAUAGUGUAAUAAAUAGGAAUCGAAUAAAAGCAUUGUUAGACAAAAACUGUAAACAGUUCUAUAGGAAUUCACUAGCCGUUACAUUCUUAUUAGGCAUGCCUAUACUUGAAAUGCUCAUGGUAAGGUAUUCCUUAGGCCUUGAUAUGAGAAAUAUUGGUUUAGGUAUAGUCAAUAAUGAGAACAUGAAUUCGACUUGUUUCAACUAUUCAUACAACGAUACAGUAGAAGUAGAAAACAAUGAAUGUCAUUUUAAAAACUUAUCUUGCCGAUUUUUAGAAAUGUUAGAUAAUCAUCCGAUGAUAAAUAAGAUUUAUUAUAAUACUAUAGAAGAAGCGAAUUAUGGUGCAAGUCAUGGAGAGACAUAUGGAUACAUGUUUUUUCCAAAAAAUUUCUCCUUUUCCUUAGAAGGAAGACUGAGAGAUAUGAGGUAUGCUGAAAACUCAAUUCUGGAUUUUGGCCAAAUCAAAGUUAGGUUAGAUAUGUCUAAUCAACAAAUAGGAACGACUCUAAAAAGUAAGUUGAUAGAUUUAUAUCUAGACUUUCAAAAGUCAGUAUUCGUAGAUUGUAAAUAUGAAGCAAAAGCAGCUGACAUACCAAUACAAACUGACUAUAUCUAUGGGUACAAAAACGAUCCCUUUCAAGUUUUCGUAAUACCUGGUGUAAUAAUAACGAUGAUGUUCUUUUUUGGAGCCCUAAUGACGUCCCAAAUUUUAGUAUUAGAGAAACACGAAGGUAUUUGGGAUAGGUCUAUUGUAGCCGGUGUAACUGCAGUGGAAAUGACUUUCUCCCAUUUGUUCUUUCAAGCGAUUAUCGCAGUAAUCCAAACCAUGGAAAUGAUAAUAGUUAUUUAUGUUAUUUACGAGUACAAAUAUAUUGGAAGCAUGUGGUUAAUGUACUUGAUUGCUUAUUUUCAAGGAAUUUGCGGUAUGAGCUAUGGCUUGUUUGUUUCGAGUGUCAGCACAAACCAAAUGAUGUCCUCUAACGCAGUGAUGGGAUUUUAUCUUCCAUUAAUCAUCAUCAGUGGUAUUAUUUGGCCCGUAGAGGGUAUGCCAAGCGCACUUCAAAUUAUGUCGAGGCUAUUUCCUUGUACCAUGGCCGUUGAAGCUUUCGGUAACGUUGUCCAUAAGGGAUUGAAAAUUAACGAUAUUAAAACUAUUCAAGGACUGUCGAUAUCUUUGAUUUGGGGUGUCAUUUUUGUACUAAUUACUUUGUUUUUCUUGAAGAGACAAAGAUAACAAGUGGACUAUACUAUAUAGAUAUUAGAAAAAAAACAUAUUUGUACCUAUUUACUUAUUUUUAUAAAUUAAAAUUAAAAUAGU